UCUUUUUUCUUUUUUCUUUUUUUCCUUCUUAUCUCUCAUCAUAUAUAAUUUAUAUUGCCUGCCUUUCCACGGCAUGGACCCAAUGACCAAUGCCUUUCUUACCGUUCGAAAUUUAAAUUCAAAUUCCGACCACAACACAACACAAGACAACAAUGUUAUCAUCAUUUGCACAAUAAUAGCCCUAUAUACAAGAAUAUAGAACAAGGCCAAAGAAGGAGCUCAAAAGUUUUGGAAGAGUUUACCAAAAACUCAUGGGGGAACCAACUUGUCUCAUGCAACAACAACCUUUCUCUUAUGCUGCUGGCAUUCCUAAUCAGUCCAAUGAGGACAACCCUAUUCAUACUCUUGGACAGUCCAUCUCCUUUGGAAGGUUCAUGUCAGAAUCUUUAGCUUGGGAGAAAUGGUCAUCCUUCUCUCACAACCGAUAUGUGGAAGAGGCUGAGAGAUUCUCUCGUCCUGGAUCGGUUGCUCAGAAGAAAGCUUUCUUUGAAGCACAUUACAAGAAUCUUGCUGCAAGAAAGGCUGCAGCUUUGCUUGAGCAAGCAAAUGUUACUGCUAAUAACCAAGUGCCUCAGCCUGAACAAAAAAGUGAAGUUCAAGAUAGUGUAACCCAAGAUGCAAAAUUGGAUCUUGAUAAACCUGAGGCAGGGCUUGUUGCUAAUGACAAUGGACCUAACCUGCAUGCCGAAAUUGAAAUUUCUCAAAGUCGUAAGGUUGAAGAAGUUGAUCCAUCGACAGAAAAACAAGCUGCUGUGGAAGAUUGUUUAAAGGUUGAACUUUUAACCCAGAUUGGUGUUGCUGACAAAGAGGAGGAGGUUAAAGAAACUGAGCUUAGUGGAACAAAACUAAUGGAGAAACCCUUAUUAAAGGAUUUCAUCUCUAAGGAAGACAAUCCGGUGCCAAUGAGCAAGAAGAAAGCUGCAGUUUCUUCCUCAUUGAUUUCUGGUCGAGCAUCAAAGCUGCCAUGUUCACCAGCCAAACCUGCAGCAUCUCCAUUUCAUGCCAGAAAAGAAAACAAUGCAACGCCAAUCAGCAAAAAGUAUCCUAUAGAAUCCAAGGAUAGAAAGAAAGCAACUCCAAGAUCUACUCACAAGUCAAUGAAUUUCACUCCUGUCAGGGAAAUUAAUAAAAUAACAUCAAGAAUUAUCAGGAAGAUUGAUAAUUCUAGAGUUAGUUCUAGUUAUAAAGUAUCAAAAGAUUGCUCAACACCUCUAAGGACUCCCACCACGGCAUCUAUGCUUAAAGAAUCUAAACAUCCUCUAGCCACUCCUCAGUCAGAAAACAGAAGGGCAACAACACCUCUUCACCCCUCAGCAUCUGCAAACAAAACAGUUCGCUCAAAAUGGCAUUUCCUGCCGACGGAUUGCUCAAAGUUUGUAAGUGCCUGCAGAAACAAAUCUCAGUCUCCAAAUUUAUCAACGCCAUUCAACCUCAGGACUGAAGAAAGAGCUGCACGAAGAAAGGAGAGGCUUGAAGAGAAAUUUAAUGCCAAUCAGAAAGAAAAGGUUCAGCUGCAAGCAACACUAAAGGAGAAGGCAGAAACAGAAAUUAAAAAACUGCGCCAAACCCUUUGCUUCAAGGCCAGGCCGCUGCCUAAAUUUUAUAAAGAUAGGACAACAACAAAGCAUCACAUAGAGAAGGUUCCAUUGACACAACCCGAGUCACCAAACAAAGGAAGCACACCCAUCCGUAGCAUGGUACAGACCACUGCUCAACCUUCUCACAAGAACAAUGGCACCAAGCAAAUCAUAGGAAAGAAAAUUGACAACCCUCGUUCUCUAGCUUCACGACUCAAAUCGAUUACUCAUGAAAAUACUUCUCCAAAUAUUCAACAAGAAUGAGUGAAUUUUUGGUCUUAAAAGUCUUGAUUAUGAGAUUCUCAAGAGUGAGUGACCUUCGCAAGUUAACCAUUAGGGCUGCAUGGCAAAAUUGAUUUGCAAGCGAAAGAGACUGCUGACAACCAAUCAUGCAAAUCUAGACAUGUUUGCAGAUGUGCUCUUUUCUAACCAUUAUUUAAAAGGCCUAGGAUAGUGUAAAGCUAAUUUGUAUCCUAGACAUUGAUUGGAUAAAUGUACCAUUUGAGUUUGUAGAAAGAAUACACGCUA